GUUGCCCAGAUGCAGCAGCUCAAGUUCCAGUUGCUACUGAAGCUGCAGAAGGUGAAUGCUGGUGGUGAGAGUGAUGGCUGGAAGGCCUGGAUCGAGAAGUUGUUGGACCCGGCCACCUUUGAGAAGGGCCAGCAUCUCCUUCUGGGCGAAGCAGGUCUGAUGGAUGAGCGCUUGAGUAGCGCUGGGAAGCUGGCCUUUGCCUUUGUGUUGGGCACGCAUGAUCGCAUGCUCCUUUCAGAGAGCUACCCGCAGCUGGAGUCUUUGAUGAAAGAGGCUGUGGACAAGGCCAACAUAGUGACAGCGGCAGCGCAGCCGAGCGACGAAGCAGCUGGAAGUGGCAAUGAGGAGGGCAACGGAGAUGAUGAUGUGAUCAUGGAGGAUCCGUCUAGCAACCUCUCGGCCAAAAAGAAGCGGAAAUCAGACAUGAUUGCAGCGGCCGUGCAGGAAGAGUUGCGGUUCUAUGCCCAUUUCCUUGUUUGCGACUACGACGACCCAGCACAGAAAACGAGUUUGUUAGAUUCUUUGCAGCAUCACAAGCUG